AUGCCUCGAACUGCAUCACCGUCAAUCGUCACCUACCGUUUGCACAAAAAGAUGGUGUACGUUUCACCAGCGGAAAGCUAUGAGGAAGCCGUAGAUUUUGCAAAGGCUGUCUUCGCAGACGAGCUUAGCGGCAUAGAUCGCACCCGCGUCGUAUUCUCCAUCAACGUUGCAGUGCAGCACACCCCUCGUACUGUCCAAAUUGGACCGAUGGCAUGGAACGCAGUGAUUUCAACACUCGUGGAGUACGAAAUCAUCGACGUCUCAGUACAGUCAAGUGUGUGCCACGUCGGAUACACAGACGACACGCCUCCUCCUUACGUGGACACGCACCCAAAACAUUCCUGGUCGCUAUCACCCCUUCCCCCUUGUCGCCCUCAUACUCCGAUAUCACCGGCUCGAAGUCCAAGUCCUGGCAAGGGGACACGGAAUUGGUUCGAGAGGCAUUUUCAACCCUUACCCUUCCAAGUAUAA